AUUCCCCGACGAGCGAGCACCUUCCCCGUCCUCCGCCCCACCUCCCUCCCAUGGCCUUCUCCCCGCGCUCGCCGUGGUCGCGCUCCAAAAAGCCCGACAUCUACUCCACCGUUGUGGUCCACGACGACGAGGACGACGCCCGCGGCGGCGGCGCCGCCCGCGCGGAGGAUGACGACGACGACGACCCCUCCGCGCUGCCCCCGCUCCUCCAGCGCCUCCCCAAGGACUUCGGCGGCGCGUCCUUCGACGACGACGACGACCCUUACUCCUCGGACCUCGACGACGCCUCGCUCUCCGCCACCGUCGUCAUCAAGCGCGGCGCCCCCGCCUCCACAUCGUCCUCCUCCCGAUCCCCGUUCCUGGAUCUGCGCCGCUCCAGCCCCCGCGCCGCCGAGGCCGACCCGUUCUCCACCUUCGUCGUCCACGGCACCGCGCGCUCCGGCGGCGCCUCCAGCCCCCGCGAGUCCGUCUCCGGCACGUUUAUACGCCACUCGGGUGGCCCCCCCAGCCCCCGCGAGUCCGUCUCCGGCACAUUCAUCCGCCACACCCGUGGCUCCUCCAGCCCCCACGAGUCGUUCUCCGGCACGUUCAUUCACCACACCAGCAGCGCCUCCAGUCCACGCGACUCCGCCUCCGGUGCCGGUGCUGGGUUUGGGUCCUCAUUCAUAACUCCUUCGUCCGGGCAGGCGGAGGAGGACCGGCAGCCAUCACUUCUGAUGCAGCAGCAGCAAUCAAGGCGGAAGGCAUCAAUGAGCUCUCUCCCAGAUAGCGUUACUAGGGAGGAUCCUUCAACCAAGUAUGAGCUGCUCCAUGAGCUCGGGAAAGGUUCAUAUGGUGCAGUGUACAAGGCGAGGGAUCUCAGAACCCAGGAGCUUGUAGCUGUCAAGAUCAUCUCCUUAACAGAAGGGGAAGAAGGAUAUGAAGAUAUACGGGGAGAAAUUGAGAUGCUACAGCAGUGCAGCCAUCCAAAUGUUGUCCGCUACUUUGGGAGUUAUCAAGGAGAAGAAUACCUUUGGAUAGUUAUGGAGUAUUGUGGUGGUGGAAGUGUUGCUGACUUGAUAGGCAUUACAGAAGAGCCUCUUGACGAACCGCAAAUAGCUUAUAUAUGUCGAGAAACAUUAAAGGGUCUUGCUUACUUGCACACAAUUUUCAAAGUUCAUAGAGAUAUUAAGGGUGGCAAUAUUCUACUGACUGAGCAAGGCGAGGUGAAGUUGGGCGAUUUUGGUGUUGCUGCCCAACUAACAAGAACCAUGUCAAAGCGCAACACGUUCAUCGGUACUCCACACUGGAUGGCACCAGAGGUCAUUCAAGAAAGUCGUUAUGAUGGGAAGGUAGAUGUUUGGGCUCUUGGUGUGUCUGCAAUAGAGAUGGCAGAGGGCAUGCCACCGAGAUCCACUGUGCAUCCAAUGAGAGUGAUCUUCAUGAUAUCUAGUGAACCUGCACCGAUGCUGGAGGAUAAGGAGAAGUGGUCUCUUCUCUUUCAUGAUUUUAUUGCCAAGUGCCUAACUAAGGAUGCAAGACUCCGGCCUCCUGCAAUUGAGAUGCUGAAGCACAAAUUUAUUGAGAAGUGCAACACUGGAGCUUCAAAAAUGUUGGCAAAGAUCAAGGAAGCAAAAAUCAUCAGAGAAACAGCUGUGCAAAACCAGCUGCCUGACUCUGACGAUGCAAUGGAUGCAACUGUUCGAAUUAAUGAAGAUUAUGGAGAAACUGUUCCGACAAACUCUCAGUCAACUCAUGAAACAAAAAAUGAUGGUUCGGGAGGUGAUUUUGGCACAAUGAUAGUCCAUCCUGAAGAUGGCGAUGAAGCGGCCGAAUCAUCUAUUUUCCCAAGAGCAGAGUUCAUACCGGGCCUUGGUAGCAUCAACUCUUUCACACAUGAUCCAAAGAGGGCUGAGCUUAUUUCAAAAUUUUGGGCGGAGAGCACAGCUGAAAGUGAUGCCAGUAAAGAGCGGGACUUAUAUGGACUUCCUGACAUCCAAGAACCCAAAACAAUGCCACGUUCAACUGGAACAGUUAAGCAUCACAAGGGUGUAGAAGGGACUGUGCUGCGCCAUGAUAUCACUGCAUCACCGGGUGUUGCUAGCACAAUGAACAAAUUAAGCAGCAGCCCAAGCCGUAAAGCAUUUUCGGUUCAGGAUAAGCUCUGGUCAAUCUAUGCGGCCGGAAACACAGUGCCUAUUCCAUUUCUUAAGGCUAUUGACAUUUCACCACUAGCUCUAGUAUCGGAUAGCGUAGCAGGCAAUGGCCCUGCUGGUUCAAGUACAACUGAUGCCUUGGAGGCAGUCAGGGAGCUUUUCAGUGGCGAUGGGCAGGCAAAGAAAGGGCGCAAAGGGCAAAAUGAGGCCCCUCUUCCUCCUGGUGUGCACGACAGAUUGACGACAAGCCCUACAUUGAUGAACCUGGCCCAGGCUCUCGCUUACCAUAAGACGUGCUACGAGGACAUGCCUCUGCAAGAUUCACAGGCGACAGAGGAGCAGCAGACGAUACAGAACCUUUGUGAUACGCUUCGGACCAUACUGAGUCAAAAUUUGACACAGUAUAGAAUGAGAACCAAUAGGUGUAAGGAGGAGGAAGAGAAACUCCGGUUGGCGCACAAGGAGACCUCCAGGAUCCUCUCCGACCUCGAGGAGGGCAGCAACGUCCAGGCGGCCAACGUCGGCUUCUGCCGGGUCAUCAAGUUGGCAAAGCAUGACGCGGGGAAGCUCGUCUUCGCCACCGUCGCGCUGCUCGUCGCCUCUCUCAGUAACCUCCUCGUUCCCAAAUACGGAGGCAAGAUAAUUGAUAUUGUGUCAAGAGAUGUUCAGCGGCCAGAGGAUAAGGCCCAAGCCCUGGCGGAUGUGAACGGCACCAUAUUGUACAUUGUGCUAAUAGUUGUAACCGGGUCAGUUUGCACAGCUCUCCGGGCAUGGCUAUUCAAUUCUGCUAGUGAGAGAGUCGUUGCUCGACUUAGACAGGACUUGUUCAGUCAUCUCGUAAACCAGGAAAUAGCAUUUUUUGACGUGACUAGAACAGGAGAGCUCUUAAGCAGGCUUUCUGAAGAUACCCAAAUUAUAAAGAAUGCCGCUACAACAAACCUUUCAGAAGCACUGCGUAAUCUGACUACCACAGCUAUUGGUCUUGGCUUUAUGUUUUCAACUUCAUGGAAGCUAACAUUGUUGGCACUUGUAAUUGUUCCAGUGAUAUCAGUUGCUGUGCGUAAAUUUGGGCGUUUUCUUCGUGAGCUUUCACAUCAGACACAAGCUGCGGCUGCUGUAGCUUCAUCCAUAGCUGAGGAAUCUUUUGGUGCCAUUCGCACAGUAAGAGCCUUUGCUCAAGAGCCUCAUGAGAUUUCACGAUAUGGCGGAAAAGUAAACGAGACACUGAAGCUUGGUCUCAAGCAAGCUAAAGUUGUUGGACUAUUUUCUGGAGGGCUUAAUGCUGCAUCAACCCUGUCGGUUGUUGUUGUAGUUAUUUAUGGAGCUAACUUAACCAUCAAUGGUUACAUGACAACUGGUUCUCUUACGUCAUUCAUCUUAUACAGCCUUACAGUUGGCUCGUCAGUCUCUGCCUUGUCAGGACUAUACACAACUGUAAUGAAAGCAUCAGGGGCAAGCCGUAGAGUUUUUCAACUACUUGAUCGUGUUUCCUCAAUGACAAACACUGGGGAUAAAUGUCCAAAAAUCGAAAAUGAGGGGGAAGUUGAGCUGGACGAUGUCUGGUUUGCAUAUCCUUCUCGUCCUUCUCAUAUGAUUCUUAAGGGAAUCACAUUGAAGCUAGCACCAGGUUCAAAGGUUGCACUUGUUGGGCCGAGUGGUGGUGGAAAAACUACAAUAGCAAAUUUGAUUGAAAGGUUUUAUGACCCUCUAAAGGGAAGGAUCUUGCUAAAUGGAGUGCCUUUGGUAGAAAUUUCACAUCAGUAUCUCCACCAAAAGGUAAGCAUAGUUAGCCAGGAGCCUACACUCUUUAACUGCUCCAUUGAAGAGAAUAUUGCAUAUGGAUUGGAGGGCAAAGCUAGCUCUGCUGACGUUGAAAAUGCAGCCAAAAUGGCAAACGCGCAUGACUUCAUAUGCAGUUUCCCAGACCAAUACAAGACUGUCGUGGGAGAGCGAGGCAUCAGGUUAUCUGGCGGGCAGAAGCAGAGGGUCGCCAUUGCAAGAGCUUUGCUUAUGAACCCACGAGUGCUUCUCUUAGAUGAAGCUACCAGCGCUCUGGACGCCGAAAGCGAGUACCUUGUUCAGGAUGCAAUGGACUCGUUGAUGAAAGGGAGGACCGUUCUUGUGAUAGCUCAUCGGCUCUCCACCGUGAAGAGCGCCGACACGGUUGCCGUCAUCUCCGAGGGCCAGAUUGUGGAGAGAGGCACACACGACGAACUCCUCGAGCGCGACGGCAUCUACACGGCCCUGGUGAAGAGGCAGCUGCAGUUGCCCAAGUUUGAAGGGACCGCCAACGGGACAGCAGAAAUAGAACCCAGCAGUAAUGGCCAAUAGUGUUGCCUUGCUUGAUGAUAUCUCUCCUCUUCGGUUAGGCAGACACCACGUGGACGCCCAUUCUGAUGGACGUAUUCCACUCUCGAUAACGCCAACACGCUGGAAUGUCACACGCUGUAGCUCUCCUACACCUUGUCUCACAUGUGCGGCUGUAUGUGAGUGCACUGUAAAAGGAUAUACUCCCGAAAUUGUCAUCGAUUAUUUCUGUAAGAUACAGUUAAGAAAAAUUGCAGCGCCAAAACUACGGUGAUAUGUAUUUUCAGUA